CAACCUGAUGAAUCCCACAGUUAAUUAAUAUAUAUAUAUAUAUACAUCUAUGAACAGUGGAUGAACCACAUAUAUAGUUUGUAUAUAUGUGGCAUGAACCCAACCAAAAACAAUGAUAACAGAGCAAUUGCGAAAAUGUCCAUAUACGAUCCUCCGCCAGAACGCCCGUCUACAUUGGAUUGCUGCGGUUCAGGAUGUGUACCCUGCAUUUUGGAUGUAUACGAAGAAGAAUAUUCUCGCUGGAAUCGCCGUCAAAAUUGUGAAGGAGAUCAACUUCGACGAGAUUUACUGUCAAUUACUAAGUUCAAAGAUUACAAGAUAAUUUCCUUUCAAGAACUGGGUAAUGAUGUUUACAUGUAUACAUUCGCUGCUAUCCCACUAAGCAAAGGGCGAUUGCCAAUCACUGACACCCAACACGUGUUCGUUAAAUCAGAUGGAGUUAUUAGACCAUAUACACCUGUGGCGUUGAGUGAUAAUUGUUCGUUUGAUGUCAUAAUUAAGGCUUAUCCCAAUGGAAAAUUUACCAAAUUAUUGUUAAAAAAGAAAAUAAAUGAUAUUAUUUUUGUACGUGGGCCUUCAGGUGGGAUUGAUUAUAAAGGUUAUGAAUCAAUUGUUAUGUUUUGUGCUGGUACAGGUAUAGCUGCCUAUUUAGGUCUUAUAAGGUCAAUUUUAAAUAACGACAAGUGCGAUAUAUUAUUAAAAUUACACUAUUCAUGUAAAACUCUUAAUGGUAUACUAAUGCGCAAAACAUUAGCUGAAUAUUCAGCUUAUUGGAAUUGUACAGUGUUUUUAUAUUUAACUAGAGAGAAUAAUUGGUCAUUAUGUUCAAAGUCAUUUUGGUACAAUGAAAAUAUUUCAGAAGGAAGAAUUUCACAUGAUAUUAUUGAAGAAAUAAUUAACCAACAACAAAGCUUACAAACUUUAUGGCUCAUUUGUGGAAAUGAUGAAUUUAAUCAAUUUAUUUUCAAUGAAUUGAAAAUAGUCAAUAUUAAAAAGGAUAAUAUUAAAAUUUUUCAUAAUAAUAAUAAA